CAUUCACGUGACCGUUUCACCCCUUUCCCGUCGCAGUCGGUUAAAUCCCGACAAACAAAAAAACAUCAAAAACGCCGCGCUCAAGUGAUAGUGUUUCUGUCGUUGAAAAUUUGGCGAGUGAUUUGAUAUUCCAUUUCAAAGCACCAACCAUGACGCUCGAACAGCCAGCCGGUGAAAUGUGGCAGAAGAUCAGGGAAGAGCUGAAUGAAAACCCUGAAACCCGGGACAAGGAUCUGGAGCACAUCAAGGAAUGGCUGAAGAAGGAGCCCCAUCUACCUGAUGAAUUCGAUGACCAGCGUCUGAUGACCUUCCUCCGAGGCUGUAAGUUCUCCCUGGAGAAGACCAAGCGCAAGCUGGACAUGUAUUUCACCAUGAGAACAGCAGUUCCCGAAUUCUUCACCAACCGCGAUGUGACCAUCCCUGAACUGCAGGAAAUAUUGAAGAUUGUCCAAAUGCCUCCAUUGCCAGGACUUACCCCAGACGGCCGUAGAGUAGUCCUAAUGAGAGGUCUGGACAAAGACGCUCAAACACCAAACGUAGCUGAUGCCUUCAAGUUGGCUUUGAUGAUGGGAGAUGUCAGGCUGAAGGAGGAGAUUGAAGGCGUGGCUGGUGAUAUCUACAUCCUGGAUGCAUCUGUAGCUACCCCUACACACUUCGCUAAAUUCACACCCACUUUGGUUAAGAAGUUCUUGGUGUGCGUUCAGGAAGCCUAUCCAGUAAAACUGAAGCAAGUACACAUUAUCAACGUGUCGCCGUUGGUCGACAAAAUUGUCAACUUUGUGAAACCAUUCCUGAAGGAAAAGAUCAGAGAAAGGAUCUUCAUUCAUGGUGACGCAAAUGAGCUAUACAAACAUGUUCCUCAAGAUAUGAUGCCUGCUGAAUAUGGCGGUAAAGCUGGACCUAUGGAUGAUUUACAUAAUGCCUGGGUCAAGAGACUAGAAGAAUACAAAGAAUGGUUCGCUGAACAAGAAAAUGUUAAAGCGAAUGAGGCGCUUAGACCAGGCAAACCAACAAACUACGAUGAGUUGUUUGGCAUUGAUGGUUCCUUCCGUCAACUAGUUAUUGAUUAAAUUAGAUAAUACAGUGGUUAAAUUCUGCUUAUAGCUUUCCAUGUAAGCAUAUAAUAGGCGAAUAAUUUACGUAAUUAAAUAGUGCAGUGCUUUUUGCUCAUCCGAUUCAUGUUUGAGUAAUUCUCAAUAGUCAAUAUGUUUCUAUUACUUUUGGCGAUACUUUUAACAGUGCAGUAAAUUUUAUUUUUAAAAAAGAAAAAAGAUAUUUAGUAUGAUGCAGGAUUAGAUUUUGAAUUAUGUAAUGAUCAAAAUAUAGGAAAGUCCUUACCAAGCAGUUAAUAAUAUAAUUGUUUUUACCGUAAUCGGCAGUAAUGUCGUUUUAUUUUUUAAGAAACUUUCGAAACGAAAGCGUAAAGACUACUGACAUUACAAUUUUAAUUCUUAAAUAAUAACUGCUUGACAUUACCAUAAUAGAAUUUGACCACUGGAGAAAUUAGUAUAACCCGACAAUUUGAAGAGUCGUCGCUUUGAGGCUGUUGUUUUUAUAUAGCGAUGAUUUUCAAUUUCGUAGGACUAAUUUUAUUGCUUGUAAUUGAUACUCAUUUAACGUGUAACACGGUAUUAUUAUUGUGUAAUAUUAUCAUUUAAUUAUGUUAUGUUUAAUAAAAGUUUUCCUAAAAUUGUGUUUC